AAUUACGGCUAGACCGAACAUCCCGAGUCGACUCUAGUAUUCCUAGUCAACUCAGUUUUUCUUAUUCAUAUUCCGGAAACAUAACAAAUCCUUUCGCAAGUUUAACGUCUCUGAAACUGAAUAUAAGAGAGAAAAACUCCAUUUUCUAUGUGGAAUCGAAACAAAUGGAGAACAGUGCUUCUACUGCAAGCACAAGUAGCAGCAGAAUAAGUGAUGGAGAAAGCAUAAUUGUAAGAAAAAGUGGAACCAUGAUAUUAGAGAAUCCGUUUACUUUCAAAGUGGGUCAAGUGUUCACUGGUUUUGGCAUUGGUUGUGGUCUUGGUAUCGGUGUUGGAAGGCCUUUGAAUUUAGGUGCUAUCCCUAUGCUGAACCAAGUUAUGACUGCUGCAAGUGGUGCUACAUAUGCCUUUUCGGGUAUUCAAAGACAUGUAAACAACUCCUUGAAGAAGAUAGGUGCAAAGAACAUUCAAGCAGGUGUAGGGUGUGGAGUUGGUUUUGGUCAUGGUUUUGGAGUUGGUCUUGCUCUGAAGCCUGUAGUUGUGCAACGGAUUCAACUAUCAAUUAUAGAAGCUGUGAGCAAAAUGAUGCUGAAAUUUGGAGGGGCUUCCAGUUUAUCUAUUGGGCAAGGUCUUCUCCCGACAUCAGUGCAAAGUAGUAUGACAGUUAUUAAGGGAUCAACUCAAGAUCCGUUGGAAAGUAUUGUGAAAUUGGGGAAGACAUUACCAGACACGAGCAGCCAAGUUCAUGCUGGAGAUGGGAAACUGAAUGUGGGAUUUGAAAGGUUUAGAUUAGAAGAUGUGCCUUCAAAAUUGUCGCCAGGUACUCGGACUGAGAAGAUUAUCAAUGGCUUUUUGCAAGAUCCAAUUUUGAGAGAAGAAAACACGGAGCUACAUGAGAGGGAUGAACGAUUGGGGUCAGAAAACAGGGUUCUUCGGAUGGUGGUCAAACAUCAGCAAGUAAUUGAGGAGCUUAUGGAAGAAAAUGAAAGGCUUCGUCAAAUAUUGGUCGAAGACUUAAAAGUUCCAGCUAGUAAGCUCCAAGCCAAACAUUCUGGUACACGCGCUUCUCCUUGUUCUGAUUGUUUCGAAUGCCGAAGAAAACAACGAAGGAGAUAAAAAUGUUCCAGUGAUCUAUAUACCAAAAAUAAAUUUUAAUUUAUCUCCGGUGAUCAUCCUUUAAGAGUUCUUGAUUAAUGGGUCAUAUAUUGCUCUGCGUUUCGGGUUUUAUGUUCUCAAAACUGUUGCUUAUGGUAUGUCACAAGUACAUAAUCCUAUCCUAUAUGGAGAUAAAGAGUGAUUUUUCUAGAGAUUUUAUUAUGAAAUCAAUUGUAUUCUGUGCUGUCUAAGCUUUAGGAUAUGUGUUGUAGAAGAGUAGUACUUGUCCUACAUGUGGUGCUGACCAACAUCAUUUUUGGGGGAUUAAUGCUGAAUGUAAUGGCAUGGUUUGUUCAUUUUGCUUGUUUGGGAUAAUUAGUUUUCUUAUUUUGUUUUGUCCAAAAAUUUAUACUCUAAAUCAAUGAGAAACGGAAUGAUAUUUAUGGAAA